CAAAGGUCACCUGUGCGUCUAACGAAGCAGGAAGUACCUGUUCUCAUUUAAACUCUGACUCUGGGACCCAGCAGGAAGGUUUCUGUUUGAGGAAGAGCUUCAGAUCCAGACUGAGCGAACUGGUCCAGGUGAGCCAACAGUUUCUUCCAGUUCUGGAGCUGCUGGUUCUGUGAGCGAUUAUGCUGGGAAGAACCGGAACCCUGACCAGACGGUGCUGGUUGGAGAUCUUGCAAUCUCGCUGUAUAUCCUCCCCAUCUGAACCCUCUGGAGUUCUGCAUUACCCAGCAUGCAGCGGGAGCAGGAGGUACCAGGCCGGGCAGGAGGCGGCCCAGCUGAGUUCUGCUCAGGUCAACAGGAUCCUGAAGUUCAACGAGCACAGCCACGCCCUCCCCAGAGGCUCCGCCUCCCAUGGCGUCCUGGGUUUCCAUAGCAACACGCUCCCAUCCAACCAUCCCAGCGAGGACCGCCGGAGCAGCGCCACCUGCCUGCCGGGCCGGGGCGGCGUUCUGUUCGGCGUGUUUGACGGUCACGGGGGUGCGUCGUGCGCUCAGGCCGUCAGCCAGAGGCUCUUCUACUACGUGACGGUGGCCAUGCUGCCCCGCAGGAUGCUGCAGGAACUGGACCGGGCCGUGGAGGAGGACCGAGCGGUACCACCGCUGCUGGAGUGGCACAAACACCCCCAGGAUCACGGCUCCCCCGACGGCGGCGCCAUCUCCUUCCACAGCCUCAGGAACUACUGGCAGGAGAGGCUGGAGGAGCAGGAGGAGGAGGAGGAGGAUGGCGGCAGAGUGACAUCAGCGCUGAUGGACGCGUUCCGACGUCUGGACUACGACGUGUCGGUGGAGGCCCAGGUCCACCUGUCCCUGUCCUCCCCCAGACGGGUGUCCCUCCCUGGGGAAGGCUUGUCUCUGUCCUCUCCCCUCCGGGUGGCGCUGUCGGGCUCCACUGCUUGCGUGGUCCACGUCUCCAACGGCGUCCUGCACGUGGCCAACCUGGGGGACAGUCGGGCUGUCCUCGGCGUCCAGGAGCGGGACGGCCGCUGGUCGGCGCUCAGCCUCACCAACGACCACAACGCCCAGAACCCCGAGGAGCUGCAGAGGGUUCUGGCGGAGCACCCGGCCUCGGAGCGGAGGACGGCGGUCCGUCACGACCGCCUGCUGGGUCUGCUGCUGCCCUUCAGGGCCUUCGGAGACGUCCGCUUCAAGUGGAGCCCAGAGAUGCUGAGUCGGCUCUACGACACGCGUCCGGACAUCCUGUCGGCCAUCACCGAGUCGGUGCCGCCGCCUCAUUACCUGACCCCGCCCUACCUGAGCGCCCGGCCAGAGGUGACCCGACACCGGAUCAGACCCCAGGACAAGUUCCUGGUUCUGGCCACGGACGGGCUGUGGGAGCUGAUGCACCGGCAGACGGUGGUCCAGCUGGUUGGAGAACACCAGGCAGGUCUCCAGCACCAGAGGCCCAUCGUUCCCAGCGCUGACACGACCCUGGGCAGCCUGCAGCGCCUCCUGCUGGAGAGGAGAGGCCGUGUCCAGUCGGUCCUGGAGGACCAGAACGUGGCCACCCACCUGCUGCGCCACGCCCUGGGUGAUGACGGCUAUGGAUCCGUGGCGCCCAACCGCCUGGCCAGGAUGCUGAGUCUGCCGACAGACCUGGCCCGCAGGUACCGUGAUGACAUCACCAUCACUGUGAUCCACCUGAAUGAGCCCUGAGGUCACCUGGACCUGCUGAGGUUCCAUAAAGGUUUAAACACCUGGAGGGGCAGGGUUCUGCUGGAAACAUCUAAACCUGUGGAGCACCGUGGAGCGGGCAGCAGGAACCCAGCGGCAUCAGUACCAGCGGCCCAAUGGGUCAGGUUCUGGCCCUGAAGGUAAACCCAGUUUCAGGGCCUGGAGACGAUAAUCUGGUCCGUUCCGUACCGGGACUCAGGUUCUGUUGAUGGACCCGAUCCAAAGGCCUCAGUAACGCAGAAGUUCUACCGGUUCAUCUUUAGAGAAGUGGACCAGAACAUUAAGGCAGGGGGUUGGCCUCUUGCGCCCCCUGGUGGCAUAAAAUCAACUUGCUGUGUGACACAAACGCAGAUUAAAGGUUAUUCUUCGUUUUCUCAUUAAAAUGCUGCAGUUGUGUUCUGUGGAAAGUGGAGCAGCGACGCUUUGGUCUGAGUUCCUCAUUAAUUUACCAACAUUCCUCCUUUCUACCGCGUUGUGAGGAGCGUCUGACAGCGACCUGAUCUGGUGCCGUCUCUUUAAAAGGAGGCGCUUUAGACUCCGCCCCCUGCCAGGAGCAGGGCUCCAUCUGGAAACGUCCAACACCUCCUGAUCCCUGAGCUUUCAUAGAAACACACCCAUCAGAAUGAAAUUAUAAUCUGAGUCAGAGAGCUGGUUUAUAAUCUGAUCAUCGUUGAUCUAAACUCUGGUCAGGAUUAAUUAUUCUGAACGAGGCAAACUGACCAGAGUAAACGUGACGUAUUUCUGCUUUGAGCGGCGGAGAAACGUCAGGAAGUGAACCUGAUCCAAGCUUUCUGUUGGAGACGUUAAAGAUUUAGAUUAAAUUAUUAAUCCAGAACCGUUUCAGCAGUAAUUAGAAGCUGCUUCAAGUCCAGCCUGGGAAGACAAACAGCUAGAAAACUGCUGUGUUUACAUUUUAUUGUUCAGCAAAGAUGGAAGUUCUUCUUCUUCUUCCUCCUUCCUUCCUGACUGCUUUAUUCUGAUCAUGGAGACUCUGACCCAGUUCUGCUCUGGCUGAACGGUUCUGACCCAAAACACAUUUUCAGAUGGAGGCAGAGUUCCUGGUGACCCAAUGAAAGGUGCGGUCACUAUCCGAUCCGUACCUUCAGCUCAUUAGCGCACGCGCAAACAAAUUAACUUCCGGUAGGCAAUAUUUUGUUUUUCUUACUUUUUUAUUCUUUUGUAUAUUUUCGAGGCAGGGGUUUAUGUAAAUCUUUGUAUUUGCGUAAAUAUUGCAUAUUUUACAAUAAAUACAGAAAUAUAUAUAUGUUUUUUUUGUGUUUUUAAUAGCAAAAAUGUUUCCCAGUUGUGGUUAGGGAAAAAGGAAUAAAUACACAAUUUCUUCAAGUACAUAAAAAAACCCCAGCUAAAAACACGUUUAGCAAUAUAGAAACGUAUUUUAUUUUGAAUAUUCUUCAGGUUUUUUUUAAUCAUUUAUUUGAUUUGCAUAUGUAU